AUGAACUUCCAUGCUGCAGAUCCUGAUACAUCAUUCGAUAAUAUCAAUAUGUCAAAUAAACACAAUUCAGAUCCUGCUAUUGAUAAAUUGAAAAGCUUGUUUUGGAAGAAGGCGGGCGGCCUUCAACGCACGCUCGGCUCUAUAGCGAAUUUUGACACUUGGGAAGAGUUCGGUAAAUUGCUUCAACGAGAAGCUGAUAUAGACUAUAAUGACGCAGUUUCCAGGCUACAACGAGGUGAAGCUAGUAGAUUGCAUGGUGAAUAUGAUCGGCUCAUGGGCUAUUUAAAUUACGCCAUUGGGCAUGUAGCUGGAGAUAAUGAAAUGCAAGCAAAAGCCAACGACAGGCUUCAAAAAGCAAUGAAGGAAAUUGAUAAAAGCAGUGAUAAAUAA